AUGGAUGAAUUUGCUGGGGCACGCGCAGCGCUGGUCACUUUGGAGAAACGAAAACAAGGACUCAUCGCGGAGCUCAAUGAUGUCCACGCUGCCAUUCGCUCGCAGAGGAACAAAGUCGAGGAACUCAUCAGACGGUUGCCCAUUUCUCCUAUCAAUCGCCUCCCUGAUGAGAUCCUUUUGCGAAUUUUCGAGUUAAUCCUUGGAGCCGCACGUACGGAGGACAAGAAUUGUUGCGUGCGGUGGAAAGGACAGCUGGCAGAGGUGUCUCGGCGGUGGAGAAAUGUGAUCUUGCAUUCGCCAUGUCUGUGGACUACUAUCACAGUGUCCUCGUCGCGGAGCACAGCGCUCAUCGAGACCUACAUCAUGCGGAGCUCUGAAUCACCGCUGGACAUCGAAAUCCAUCAUAAUGGAAUUCUUUUCGCUUUUGAGGACAAACCGCUCGUACAACGGCUCGAACUCGUUGUUACUUGCGCAGAACGCUGGCGCAGCCUCACUAUAUUCUUGGAUGCACACUCAACAUUCCGGGUCUUGCAAAGAUUGGGCCAUUUGUCCCUUCCUUCGUUGACGUCCGUUUGCAUCAGGAAUUUCCCCUGCUGCGAACCAGAAAAGUUGGAUCCCCCAUUCCUUCGGUCCCAAUGCGCUCCCCGUAUGGAAAAAAUAUUCAUUUCUGGAGACAUUGGAAUGCUGAAGGGCCGCGAGAUACCUUCUAGCGUGAAGACGCUGGCCGUAGAAUUAGACUUCUUUUCGCGUAGCGGAAUCAACUCUGCGCUACUUCUUGAAUCCAUGCCCUGUCAGAGAUUGACCUCUCUGUGUCUUGAUGGUCGCAUCAAUUUCGGGGAAUUGUCUCCCAAUAGUAUUCAACUCCCUCUGCUAGAAAAGUUUGUGUCCAAACUUGGUGGAGUUUCAGCCGCGCUGAUACGUGCCAUCGUGGCACCUAGACUCAAACACUUUGAAGGUCACGCAUUCAGCGCAAAUCAGUCUCUGCAUGACACUUUCGUGGUCGUUAGUGGCAAGUUUAGCAGCGUUGACCAUUUUACGUUGUACGAGUCUCAAAGACAUGAAACCGUAUCGAAGUCCUUGUGUUUGGCAUUUCCUGGUGUGCGUCAUUUGGUACUCCCGAAAGAGGACAUAAUCGCGGUCCUCCGCUCUGCAGAGGGACCGGGCACGGCUUUCCACUGGCAACACCUUGAAAGCCUAACUAGCAUCGGACAUCUGGAGAAGGAGUUUGAGGCCUUUAUCAAUGAUUUGGCCAACUGCCUUAGGCGGCGACAAGAAGCGGGUCUAUCAAAGUUCCGAUUAAACUUAUCAACACCCUUUUCAGUUGAGAAACUUUUGUUCGUGUAUGAGCAGCUCAACGAUGUAUGUAUUUUGGAAUGCGCGUAUAACACCCACGAUACCACUCUCCCCGGGAUGACCAGUGGUAAACUGUGGUUGGUGCGUACUUCAUCCACGUAUACUUAUUAA